UUCGUUCGUUAAUUUAUGUUAUUUAGAUUGAAAACUUCCAAGCAAGAAGAUCUACUUCGAGCUGUUAUUAUAUCAUGCGAACGCAAAGAGUUUAAAACGAUUAUAAUAUUUCUUGAUGUGUCUGCGUUUUCCGAAGAUACUUUUGAUGUCAAAGAAUGGAUUAACAAAACUUUCAAAUCCGCCGAGGCACAAGAAAAUAAGGAUGCAUUUGUUUCAUCCCUAGUAAUGAAGUUACAAUUAUAUGUGCAACAAGUCAAUGGUGCUUUGGAAGAGACCAGUCAGUCUGUACUGUCAAGUUUACCAAGGGUUCUAAGGGAUACACAACUUUUACAGCAAGAAGCCAUAGCUUUAAGUGAAAAAAUGGUUGCUGUUAAACAAGAAAUAGAAAAGGUUGAAAAAGACACUGCAUCAUCAAUGGCAACAUUAGAAAAGAUAGAUAAGAUAAAAACAGAUUUACAGACUGCCAAACAAGGUUUACAUGAGGCUGAUAAUUGGACUGUAUUGGCCAAUGAUGUUGAGGAGGUAUUUGAAUCAGGUGAUAUAGAAGCUAUUGCAAACAAAUUGUUCAGUAUGCAAAAAUCACUGGCAAUGCUUGUGAAUGUUGUUGAUUAUGAAGAUAAAAAGUUGCAACUGGAAGGUUUAAAAAAUCGUUUAGAAGCAAUGGCUAGUCCAAGAUUAGUACAAGCAUUUACUGCUGCAAAUUUAGAAGAGUCCAAAGUUUAUGUGGACAUAUUUAGUAAAAUGGACCGGUUACCACAACUCCUUAAGUAUUAUCACAACUGUUUGAAAAUCUCAUUGGGGCAAGAAUGGCGUAGAACUAUUGAGUUAGCUCAAGAUGAAAAUGUCUCCUACUGGUUACAUACCUAUUAUGAUAAGCUGUUGUCCACUUGGAAUGAUCAAGUGAAAUGGUGCCAUCAAGUAUUUCCAAAUACUUCAGUUGACAUUAUAGUCGAAGUGUAUGCUGAUCUUCUAAGAAGUUUAGAUCCAGGCAUUCCAGAAUGUAUAGAAUCAGUUUUGAAACAGCAUUCAAAUGCUAUGCAAUUGUCGCUAUUGCUCGAACUUAAACAAAUCACAAGACAUUUUGUAGUGAACCUACAGGGUGUUAUCGAAUCAUCUUCGCACGGAAAAUUACAGAAUUCGAAAUUGUUGUCAUUAGCGCAAGCAAUAUAUUCACCUUAUGUUCCAUAUGUUGUUAAGUAUCAUGUUUAUGAAACUGCACAACUAGAACAUCAGCUACAAUCUAUCGAUAGUACCCAAGAUGAUUUAAGUGAUACAAUCAGUACUCUUUCCCUUAGCAUUUCGAGAGUAAUGGAGUAUGCCAAUGAAGCAAAUAAAAGAUGCAAACUGUUUACAGAUGGUUGUGGAUAUCCUGGUUUACUAAAAUCUUUAAAUACUUACUUUAAUAAAUAUCUUGAAAAGUAUCAAGCAACCAUACGGCAAUUGGAACGCAAGAAAGUGAAACACGAGGAUUGGAACUUGUUUCAAAUGUGUCUCACUUUGAUGCAAACUAUAGGCGAUCUUUUGGGCCAAGUACAGCAGUUUGAAAAGUGUUUGGUAAUCGAUAUAACCGAGGCUAAUAAUAAAUUACAAAGUACGACUGAUAGUGUUUUCAAUCAAUACAAAAAAUUACUUUUGAAUACAUCGAAUCAGACAGACCUAGAAAAUUUGGUUUCAUCUUUCCAAAAAGAGGAAGAAACAAUUCUUGAUGCUAUAAUAAAAUCUAUUCACAAAUUGUGCUCGGAUUUACAUCGUGCAACAUACGAAGUGAUAUUUGCUCCUAUUUUUACUCAGUUAUUAUUAGUACAAAAGGCGCCCGCAUGGUCGAACGAAACAAAUAAAAUGACUCAUUUAAGCGCAGACUUACCUGAUUAUAGUUUUGCACCUCAAGAAUAUAUAACACAGGUUGGGCAGUAUUUGAUGACGUUACCGCAGCAUUUGGAACCAUUCUUGCUUAGAGAAAAUCCGAGUCUCAAUCAAGCGCUAAAAGCAGCAGAUCCUCAGUAUGCGCAGGGUACAACUGAAUCUGGAUUUACGGGUAUCUUGUUGGAUAUUAUUGCUAAAGGAACAUGUCAGAUGUUUCUGGAUCAAACUCUAGGAAUUUGUCAAUUUCUAAGCUCUGCCGCCUGCAAACAACUUGCUACGGACAUAGAUUACCUUGGUAAUGUGCUAGAAGAACUUGGUUUAUCUUUGUCGGAAAAUUUGCAACAUAUGUCCCUUUUAUUGAGAUUAUCGCCGGAAGAUUAUCAAACCGGAAGUUCCGGAUGUAACGCCAGAGUUGUAGCUGCGGUGAGGCAAAUGCGAAAUAUCACGUUUUCUGGGUAGUGAAUAUGUAAAAAGGCACCUCUAAGCGAUCAAGAAUGUACGUUAAAGGUACUAUAUUCCAAAACGGCAUUUCAAAUUGAUUUUGUACGUGCCAAAGAAGUUUGAUUAGCGCAUCUAGUACCGCGCUGUCUUUAUCGUAAAUGCUGUAUGAAAAAUUUCGUAGAAAAUCCUUAAUUAUCUUAUGUGAUCGUUUAUGAACUAAUACAUUUUUUAAACCAAUGAAAACAUUUGCUCUCAUUUCAGAAUUGCUGGAAUUUUUUGUAUAACGUAGUAAAAUGUUUAACCAAUUGUGAAUGUAGCUGUUUGGAAUAUGAUUCCAAUACUUUUCUAACAUUUUGAAAAUACCCUGAGAACGUUUAAAAUUAUAGGAUAUUAAUAAUUAGGUACAAUUUUAAUUGAAACGUUUAGGGUAUCAAAUCGUCGAUACAAAGCUUACGGUCAUGGUAAUAUUGCAAACUUCAUAAUCGGAAUCAUUUAGAAGAUCGGUUAUCAUCUCAUAAUAUUUUUCAAGAUACGUUCUAUAUUUAGCUUGUAUAGCAUACGUAAAAUGUAUAGAGCUUGUAAUGAAAAGAAUUUCUAUUGCAUUACAUCUAGUGUAAGAACCAGGUGCCUGUGAAAACAAUUAUAUCCAGAAUUCAUGCAAAAACAUGUACAUACGUGUAUGCGUACAUAUAUUUCUUUUUAUUAAUACCUUUAAAUGCUUCCAAAGUAAAGGUUUACAUUGACUAUGAAUCAUUAGUCUUACUGUUUGAUUUUUAUUAUGAUGAAUAGCAGUCAAAAAUGAAAGCAGAUUUUUGCCGAGUUUCCCCCUUCCCCUGGAAUCUCUAUGUGUAUGAAAACAAUGAAAAAUAAUAUCUUGAAAACAAUUUUCAACAAUAAAUUUUUUCAAUUUUCUCGACGUAUUCACCCACGCUGUAACAUAUAAAUCUGCAUAUCUGGUAAUAUAAUUAUGUCCAAUAUCUUGUAGUACUACCUUCACAUUAUUAUGGAUUCCCUAGAAAAGUUAACAUUAAAUCUCAUAUAGAUUGAUAUGUCACUGUAUUAUUAGAGUAUGUACCAAGAUAUAUUGCUCCCCAAGUGUAAACAAGUGUAGUAACAACAUCCGACCUUCUUCAAAUGACAUUACAGUAUUCUCUCUAACAAGUUUAAGUAAUUCUUGUACAUCUUUAGUAGAUUUUAAUAAUAUAAUACUAGACUUUAUCUCAUAUAAACGUUUUACAUGUAACUAAAACCAAAGUGAAUCAUGUUAACAUCAGCAAUUUACACAUAUGUUAUAUGAUUUGCUUAAUGUAGAAUUACCAAUGAAGAUUUACAGUUUUGGAUGAGGUAUAUUAAAGCAUUUGUUAUCACUUUCUCUUUCCAUAUCAUGUCUAAUUUCCACCAGUUUUCCAGAAGACAUGAUAUUUCAUUCUUGACCUAGAAAAAUGUUGUUACUUGAAAUUUGUUAGAGAUAAGAAGCAUGGUCAUAAAAUACCAACCUGUUCAUUUUUUAUAUUAGGAAAUAUAACAGAAUGUAACAACAUUACAUUUUGUAAUAGAAGAUUAGGUAUAAACAUUCGUUGUGUAAUUGUCUCAAGUGUUAUGGCAGUUAUUGAACGUAUUAAUUUGAUCAUCACACUAUAUUCCUAAAAUUAUAAUGGAAAUAUUAGGGUGAAAUAUGACUUAAAAUGAUGAAUUUAUUAAAUUUAUGUAAAUGAACUUACUUUUGUAUACCUAUCAUUGUUUGAUGACCGUGUGUACAACUUUUUAGCUUCAAACAAUAUACUUUUCACAUGUUGCCAAAGUUCACAAAGUUCAUCUUCUGAUAAUAAGACAAUGUUUUUCACAUUGUGGUUCUAGAAUAACAAUUCAUUGUAAAUAAUUUUUUAUAACAUCAUAUAAACAGUAAAAGAAACCUAACCAUUUAAAAAUUUGAUACAAAGGUUAUCACAAAUACUAUGUAUAAUGUAUGAAAAUACAUAUAUAAAUUAUAGCUUAAAGUAAAUUUUGCAUUGAUAGAUACCAAUUUGCCACAUAUCCUGUUUGCAGUUGGACUUUUACUUUUUAAAAUCCGGAACAAUACUUCAUCUCUUAAUAAUACACGUUGACGUAACAUUUUUUUAAAUAAUUCCACGAUUUAGUUUAUAAGAUUGUAUUUGAAUUCGUUAUACAUUUUUUUAAUAGUUAAAAAAAAUAAACAAUGUCGUUUAUUUUAUACAUAUUGGAUAAGUUUCAUUUAUCUUACAUUCGACUAAAACUACUCGAUGACUUAUCCGACUAACUCUGCGGCAGUCGGUAAGUUGUCAACUUAUGUAAUUACACUGUAAUUAUAAUAUAAUAUAAUUACACUGUAAAGAAUAUAAACUGUAGUAAUUUUCAUGGCAA